CCUUUCGAAAUCUCUUCAUUUCCACUUCCCUUUCUCCCUCUCCCCAUCCUCGAACCAGUGAAAGCUCAAGUCUCCUUCCUCACCUCCAUUUCUCAUUAUUCCAUCUGGGUUAUUCUCUUAGCUGCCGUUCAGAAAUAUGGAACUCAACUCAGCAGAAGCAGAAGAGAAAAUUCAGAAGAUCAGGGCUGCGUUGGGGAAGGAACUGUCUAGAGUAGAUAUUCUCCGAGCACUUUCGCUGUCAGGGAAUGGCAUAGAUGCUGCCGUUAAGUUCAUUCUUGACACGCGAGAGUUCUGGUCAAGGCCCGUCACCGUCAAACGAACGGUUACUAGCACCGGUGCACGUGUUUCUGCGCAGAUUAAGCAGGAGCCAUCGGAAUCAGAAGAAGUUGGAUCGAUCGAUGGGUCCAACUCUAAUGUCCGAGUUAAGGAGGAACCUGAUGUGGGGUUUGAGAGUAAGGUUUCGGAUUCGGAGUAUCUUCAACUAUUGCCGCCUAGGAAUGACACGUCAAUAGCGCCUUCUGUUGAGUUUAAGGCAGAGGCGUCUACAGAGUCAGAGGAGGCUGUUUCUGUUCAUGGUUCAGAAGGGAAGAUCCAAGCAGUAGCCUCGGAGCAUUUUCAACCAUUGGUGCCUGAGAAGGCAAUGCGAGUAGUGCCUUUGGAUGAGUUUAAGCCAGAGGCAUAUAUAGAGUCGGAAGAAGCUGUAACUGUUCAUGGUUCAGAAGGGAAGAUCCAAGCGAAGGAGGAGCCCAAUGUAGGGAUUGAGAAAAAAGUCCCAUUGAAAGAAGCAUCAGCCGAUUCUGAGCGUCGUCUGCCAUUGACACUGACGAAGAAGCACCGGGAGAUGUUUAACGAGUUUCUAAGGGCAAGAAAUGCCAAAGUUGUGUCGGCAGAUGAAUAUAGCAAAGCUCUGACUACACAAGAUCGUGAAUUGUGGCAUGAACCUUCCAAGAUGAGGAAAGGAGAGACUGGGAAUCGGACUCUUAGCUCUGUCGUAGUGGAGGAUGGGGAUUUUCCCGAAGAACAAGAUUGGCUGUUGGUGGGAAGAACUAUGGUUACUGCACUUUCAACGACGAAAGGGACGAAAUUGGUGGACAAUGAGAUAGUCCAUUUUUCCUUUCCUUCUGCGGAUUCGAGAAGUAGGUAUAGAGCUUAUGGAGCGAGUGCAAAAGCUGGUGCUGCAGCAUCUGGAAUUGUGCGCUUCUCGACCAAACGAUCUGGAGAGAUUGGUAGGCUGCCCAUGGAAUGGGCAAAAUGCCUCAUUCCGCUUGUAAAUUCUAAAAAGGUGAAAGUUCUUGGUCGAUGUGUAGCUGCGCCAACAAUGCUUCAUUUGAUGCAAGAAAUAAUACUUUAUUUGAGCUUUUAUGUUCAUCAUUCCAUUUUCACUGAGGGUGACACAUCUUCAUGGAGGCUGGAUGCUUCUUCCAACAUUGAUUCCACAGUUUAUCCCCUCCCGACUCUGUUCAAAGUGUUGAAAAUCAAACCAUAUCAGAAGGCUGAAUUCACCCCCGAGGAUCUUGACUCACGAAAACGUUCGCUAAUUCUAGAACAGGAUUACCCCGAGGAAGCUUCGUCCAUGUUGCCCAUAGUGAAACGAAGAAAGGAUUGCCAACAGUUUCCUGAACAAAACAAAGAUGAACAAGCUAUUUCCGAGUCAUCUGUAAACAAGCUAGUUGGUGCUGCAGAUGUGUAUAACUUAGAGGAGAUGGAGGGCCCAAGUACCCUUACGUGUGAACUAAAGCCAUACCAGAAACAAGCUCUCUAUUGGAUGUCAGAAUCUGAGAAGGGAAUUGAUGUUGAGAAAGCAGCAGAAACUCUUCAUCCAUGUUGGGCAGCCUAUAGUAUAUGUGACCAGAGGGCUUCUUCAAUCUAUGUGAACAUCUUCUCAGGGGAAGCAACAGCAAAAUUUCCGACUGCGACACAGAUGGCAAGGGGAGGAAUUUUAGCAGAUGCCAUGGGGCUUGGGAAAACUGUGAUGACAAUAGCUCUAAUACUUGCAAGGCCAGGUAGGGGAAACCCUGAUAACCAAAGACUUGUCACAGAAGCUGCUAAUGAUUCUAUAAGCACACAAAAAAAUAAAAAAGAUUCUUGUGCAAAAGUUUCCAAGAAAGCAAGAGGUGGCACUCUUGUUAUUUGUCCCAUGGCCUUGUUGGGCCAGUGGAAGGAUGAGCUUGAAACCCAUUCGGAGCCGGAAAGUCUUUCAAUUUUUGUUCACUAUGGUGGGUAUAGAACCAAUGACCCUAAGGUGAUGGCAGAACAUGAUGUGGUCUUGACGACAUACGGUGUCUUAACUGCAGCAUAUAAAAAUCAUGGGGAGGACAGCAUCUUCCACAGGGUUGACUGGUACCGGGUGGUGUUAGAUGAAGCUCAUACUAUUAAAUCUUCGAGGACCCAAGGUGCUCAGGCUGCCUUCAAAUUAUCUUCACACUGCCGGUGGUGUCUUACUGGUACUCCUCUGCAGAAUAAUUUGGAAGACCUCUACAGCCUUCUAUGCUUCUUACGUGUUGAGCCAUGGUGCAAUUGGGCAUGGUGGUCUAAAUUGAUUCAGAAGCCUUACGAAUGCGGCGAUCAAAGAGGGCUGAGAUUGAUUAAGGCCAUUCUGAGGCCACUGAUGCUAAGGAGAACAAAGGACACAAAGGACAAACAAGGAAGGCCCAUACUUACUCUCCCUGCCACGGAUAUUCAAAUCAUCGAGUGUGAACAAUCAGAAGCAGAACAUCACUUUUACAAUGCCCUCUUCAAGAGAUCGAAGGUUCAGUUUGACCAGUUUGUGGCACAAGGCAAAGUUCUCCACAACUAUGCAUCCAUCCUUGAGCUACUACUUCGUCUGAGGCAAUGUUGCAACCAUCCAUUUCUCGUCAUGAGUCGAGUCGAUUCGCAAAAAUAUGCAGACCUAAACAAGCUAGCAAGAAGGUUUCUUGAAGGCAGCACUGAUUCUGAAUCCCCAAAUCACAGACUGCCCACCAGAGCAUACGUGGAAGAGGUGGUGGAGGGUAUCCGGCGUGGGGAGAACAUGGAAUGCCCAAUAUGCUUGGAAUACGCCGAUGACCCAGUGCUCACCCCCUGCGCCCAUCGGAUGUGCAGGGAAUGCCUCCUUUCCAGCUGGCGAACACCAUUGGCCGGCGCAUGCCCAAUCUGCAGGCAACCGCUGAGGAAGAAUGAUCUCAUAACAUGCCCGUCUGAGAACAAGUUCCGAGUCGAUGUGGAGGAGAACUGGAAGGAGUCUUCAAAGGUUUCGAAGCUGCUGAAUUGCUUGGAAUGGAUUGGGCAGUCGAGGUCAGGGGAGAAGAGCAUUGUGUUCAGCCAGUGGACUUCGUUUUUUGAUCUCCUGGAGAUCGCAUUGAGGGACAGGGGAAUUGGGUUCUUGAGGUUUGAUGGAAAACUGGCGCAGAAGAGCAGGGAGUUGGUAUUGAAGGAGUUCAGUCAGACCAAAGAUAAAAUGGUACUGCUAAUGUCACUGAAAGCGGGAGGCGUGGGCUUGAACUUAACUGCAGCUUCUCACGUCUUUAUAAUGGAUCCAUGGUGGAAUCCAGCAGUAGAGGAGCAAGCAAUUAUGCGAAUUCAUCGCAUUGGACAGAAGCGAACCGUACGGGUCAGAAGAUUCAUCGUCAAGGUGGGCUCCCCGCAUACCCCCUUUUCUUUUUUUGUUAAUUUUUAUUUUCUUAAAAAAAAAAAAAAAAAGGGUGGGCUGGGCCUGAACAGAUUAAGGCCCAAAAGGCUCAGUGUGAGCUGUUCAAGGCCGGCAGAGUUGAGUUAAUUGAAAUGAAUGGGGGGCAGGACACGGUGGAGGAGAGGAUGCAGCAAGUUCAGGCCAGGAAGCAGCGGAUGAUCGCCGGCGCCCUCACCGACGACGAAGUUCGGACGGCCAGGAUUGAGGAGCUCAAAAUGCUUUUCCGCUAGGCUGUCUUCCCCCCGCCCGUCUAAAGAGAUGAGACCAGUGAGGUCCAAUUUUGUAAUUUUUUGUAGUUAUCGGUGGCAAUUAAAUUCUCUUUUAUUCGUCCGGUCGGUAUUUAGAAGCCCAACGCGCUUUUUCGCUGUUUUUUUUUUUUUUUGGUUUUUUUGGGGGGUGGGAUCUAAUUCUCAGUAAGGGAGAGAGAUGAGACCUCCAACUUUGUGAAUUUCUGUAGUUAUCGGGUAAUUAAUUAAUUCUUUUAUUGUGGAAAAUUUGACGUGUCUUGUUGAGGCUUCUCAGCCGUUAGACUUUGUUCCAAACUUCAGUAGAUCGCGAAAUCGAGACCGUCCAACAGGUUACGGAUCGGUCAAGCCCUAAACUCCGAAUAUUCUGUGAACGGAAAUAUGGAAUCCGUGACAACCGGGGAUACAGACAACUCGUGAUUGGCCCACGCACGACAAAAUAAAUUUCGGAAAGGCAAAGACAGGGAAGAUAACAAUGUGUGUCCGCCGAACACGUGUCCACUUACCUGACUAAUAUAGAAGGUGGAUAGGGCGACCACGUGACUAGGCCGCGGGCCGUCGGAUCCUAGGGAGGACGUAGCAUGGAAAGUAUGGACGAAUGCGGUGUUGACGCGCGGGCUCCGAUGCCCGUUAGAGAGGGAGGGGUCAAAAACCGGGGGAGAGGGUGGAAUCGAACAACACGGGGGAUUUGGCGCCGUUUAGGAGAAGCGUCAAAAAGACAAGAUGGGUGUGUUGGACCGACCAAAGGUUUUUUCGUAAUUUAAAAAAAUUUAUCUGGAUCUGGUGUGUGUUGGCUUGGCUUGGUUUGGCUGCCUGCCUCUCAGCUCCUCACUUAAAGGCUGGCAAUAUGCCUUUUCUAGAUUUUUUUUUUUAUUUUUUCCUUUCCCAACUUGGUGGAUCUAUUUUAUUUUUUGAUCUCCCCUCUUUUGCUUUCAGUUUUUAAGGUUCAUCUAAUAUUUGGAAUGUUUAAUUAUCUCUUGUUUUUUUCCUUCUUUUAUAAAAGAAUUCUAAUAUUCAGUAUA